AUGACCGUUCCUGUCAUUGCACUCAAGGAACUCCUCGAGAAGAGAUCCAAAAUGAAUUUCAAGAAGCAUCUCGGCAGACGUCAUGUUUGCAGAGUAAGUUUCGGUGAAUUGGAUGCUCCAAUCAAAGAAGUCGGAGCGAAAAAGAAGGCUGGAGCAGCUCAGGCAGCUCCAGAAGGCGGAAUCAAGCAGACACCACCACCUGCCUAUGACGAUCUAUUCCGUCCACCACCGCCAUAUCGCACAAAAUGA